GAGUUGGACUCGUCCAUCGUUUAUAAGCUGAGUUGACGACGCCACCACUCCCACAAUUAACCCCCCGAGUUGGACUCGUCCAUCGUUUAUAAGUUGAGACGAUAGCUUCCCCCCCCCCGACUAUCCGCCGAGUUGGACUCGUCCGAUGUUUAUAAGUUCAGGUGACGACACACACCACGUGCUCCAGACCGCACGUGUGUUUGUACAGUGGAGCUUUGAGGGUGAGCAGCACAUUGGAAUUUAAUAAGUUACCAUUUCAACAAACUCUUUUGAAUUCGGACGCUUUUAUUUUUAGCCAUGCCCAGGAAGAAACCGUUCAGCAUGAAACAGAAGAAAAGGCAGCUUAAGGAGAAACGCGAGAAGAAACGAGGCGAAGGCGACGGCCUCUCGCCGUCGCACAGCCGCAGCGCCAGCCGCGACCGCGCCGCCGGCGAGCACCGCGACGGCACCGGCGCAGUCCCGGGGCAGCGCCGCCUCCUCCGCCACGACGAGGCGGAGGCGGCGGAGGCGGCGGAGGCGGGGACGCGGGGCGGACGCCGGCGCGGAGGCUCGGACGACGACGGCGGCGGCGGUGAUGGCGGUGAUGGCGGUGAUGGCGGCGAUGGCGGCGAUGGCGGUGACGGCGGCGAUGGCGGUGAGCUCCCCCCGCGUGGCCCCGCGCGGCACGGCGUGAGACGGAUCAACGAGCAGCCGGUCGAGGAGCGACGCGGUGGACGGCACGACCCCAACAGGUACCGGCUGCACUUUGCCCGCGAGGGCCGGGAGGAGGUGGAGCGCAGGAAGCGGCUGGCGCAGCAGCAGCCGCUGCUGCCGCUGCUGGCGGACGACCCGACGGCGCUGGAGGUCACGGUGGACACCGCCUACCCCCCCGGAUCCGUGCUGGACUUCCCGUGCCGCCCCCGCUGGUCGUACUCAAUGACACGUGACGAGGUGCGUGCCAGCGAGGAGCGAGCGUUCCGCGCCUACCUGGCACGAGUCCACGGCGCCUACCCCGCCGGCAGCCUCAGCUACUUCGAGCACAACCUGGAGACUUGGCGGCAGCUCUGGCGAGUCCUGGAGAUGUCUGACGUCGUCCUCCUCAUCACGGACGUCCGGCACCCGGUGCUGCACUUCUGCCCGUCGCUGCACGAUCACGUGGUGCGCCGGUGCGGGCGCUCGCUGGUGCUGGUGCUGAACAAGGUGGACCUGGUGGAGGCGGCGCUGGUGAGCGCGUGGCGUGCGUACUUCACCGCGCGCUUCCCCGGCACCCGCGUCGUCUGCUUCACCUCGCGGCCCGACGCCGGCGGCGGUGGCGGUGGUGGCGUUAAGGCGCCGGGAGAAGUGCUGGCAAGGAGACGCCGCGUGGUGAAGGGAGGCCGCCGCUCGGCCCUGGGCCCGGCCCAGCUGCUCAAGGCGUGCGAGGCCAUCGUGCAGGGCAAGGUCGACCUGAGCAGCUGGGCGGAGAAGAUCUCGGCUGUGGAUAAAGAGGACGAUGAGGACGACGAUGAGGAUGAGGAGGAGAGGGACGAUGACGAUGAUGAUGAGGAGGGGGGUGGCGGGAGGAGAGGAGAGGUCAGGGUGGAGCACCUCUCGGACGCCGCCAUGGGGCUGCCCGGGGCCCCCACGGAGCCCUUCAAGGACGGGGUGCUCACCGUCGGCUGUGUGGGCUUCCCCAACGUCGGCAAAUCGUCGCUCAUCAACGGACUGGUGGGCCGCAAGGUGGUGAGCGUGUCACGUACGCCCGGCCACACCAAGUACUUCCAGACCUACUUCCUCACUCCCACCGUCAGGCUCUGCGACUGCCCAGGCCUCAUCUUCCCCUCGCUCAUCGACAAGCAGCAGCAGAUCCUGGCCGGGAUCUACCCCAUCUCCCAGAUCCAGGAGCCCUACACGGCCAUCGGCUUCCUGGCCCAGAGGAUCCCCCUGCCCAGGAUCCUGAACCUCCGCCGCCCGGCACCGACCCCACGCGGAGUGGGGAGGGGGGCGGUGGGGCCGGGGGAGGAGGAGCAGGGGGGCGGGGAGGGGGAGGAGGCUCCCUGGACGGCGUGGGAGAUUUGUGAAGUGUGGGCAGAGCAGCGAGGGUUCCACACGGCACGGACGGCGCGCCCCGAUGUCUACCGAGCAGCCAACAGCAUCCUGCGUCUCGCCGUGGAGGGGCGUCUCUCCCUCGCCAUGCACCCACCCGGCUACACCGCCAACUACGAGUCGUGGCUGACACACCCAGACACGCUGGAGAUGCAGGAGAUGCAGGAACGGUACCGAACUCUCUCCACCGCCGCCGACACCGCCGCCACCACGGACAGGGACGACGAGGAGGAGGAUGAGGAGGAAGAGGAUGAGGAAGAGGAGGAGGAGCGGUGCUCACGGAACGCGUUUCAGAUCCUGGCUGGUGAUGACGCGUAGAGGAUGGGGAGUGGGGAAGUUCAACGUACACACAACACGGACACGGAAGCAUCACUAGGCCCACCGUCACCAUCCGUCAACGCAGCCGCCACGUUAAUGCGGCAUGCCUCGCCAUUGCCGCCGUGGCCACAGCCAUCGCUGCUACGGUGUGUACGACCGUCGUCAUCACCACUGUCAUCAUCACCACCAGCAUCGCCGUCAUCACCAGCAUCACCACUACCGUCAUCACCAGCAUCGCCAGCAUCACUACGACCGUCAUCAUGACUACCGUCAUCAUUACUACCAUCACUAUGACUCUCAUCACCAUCAUUACCACCACCAACACUACUUCCAUCAUCACCAGCACCAUUACUACUUUCGCUAUCAUCACCAUCACCACCACCACUACCUUCAUC